AUGAAGGAGAGACAAAAACUUGCCGCCCAACAAGCUGUGGAGAAGCAGAAGCCCGUGCAGGUGACUGAUGAAGCUAGGCGGAAGAAAAUGUCCCAAGCUCAAGACGGUAUAUUGAAAUACAUGUUGAAGCUGGAGGUAUGCAAAGCCCGUGGAUUUGUGUAUGGGAUCAUCCCUGAGAAGGCGGCCAAAGCAAAAUACAAAGCCGACUGUGAUGCCAAACGCAAGACAGAUGGUUCUGGGAAUGGAAACCGUGAAAGUGCUCUUCAAGACCUUCAAGAUGCAACUUUAGGGUCUCUUUUGUCUGCAUUGAUGCAACAUUGCAAUCUGUUUCAAAGGCAAUACCCCUUAGAGAAAGGUAUUCCCCACCUUGGUGGCCCACGGGGAGGGAAGAGUGAGGAAUUGCUCAUUGAGCAACCUACCAGUGAAGGUGGAAUAUCUGGCACAAUUGAAACACCACGUGGCCACCGUGAUAAAAGAAGAAAACCUUAUGUCAGUGCCGACAGUGAUUAUGAUGUUGAUGUUAGUGGUGAUGGUAUGGGAUCUGUUUCAUCAAGAGAUGAGAGAAGGAGUAAACCAUUGUACGUGCAAUCAUCCAGUCCACCUCAAAGUAACAAAAAGGGGAAACCUAGAAGAACAAGACCACGUGCACAAUCAAACUCUGGCAACCAAGAGACAGCCCCCAGAGACACUUUGCCUGGCAUGAACCAAAUGGAAGUAAUGGGCCAAAUUGAAAUGCAUAGAACUAAAUCUAUGAGGCCUUUCGGUAAAGAUCUUCAGGGCCAUGCUUGGUGGCAUGAAAAUUUGUUCGUUCAGAACUCUGCCCUAAUGUCUUCCAACGUGGUACCCACUCAGAAAAUGCUUCCCAGUAUUGGGCCUUUACCAUAUCAAGUGGUUCAGGACAAUGGGUUUCAUAGUGAAGCUGUUAAUUGCAGUUCACUAAGUGGGCCUCAAAAUUCUGGUUUACGUGAAGGGCCAGAAAAUUCUCAGUUGAAUUGUGAUUUUUAG